AUGGCGGGAUCCUCCGACAUCGCUGCGACAGCAGAAAGGGAGCCAUUCGUCACGUCCCAGCUCUGCCCAGCUCUGCCCAGCGUUGCUUUGGCGGGGACUCGGACUCGGGACCCUCCCAGCUUUGGUAGCGAACUCCUCCAUUUCCCGUCCUCGUGCCCGGACCUCGGCCUCUUGGGAGAGCGCCACAUCGGCACGGAAUCCGAGGAUGAGGUCACAAAGAUCCUCGAUGCCUGGGAAUUACCUCUCCAGGCACCUGGCUGCACGAGGCCGUCUUUCCCGCCUGGUGCGGGAGGCUUGUCCAAAGCCUUUGCCCGCCAGCGCCUGGACGUGCAGACCGUCCUCCAGUGCCUCUUCUUCCCGUGGCUGCUGUUUUGUGCCACUUAUGCGCUGCUGUCCUGCUCCCUGCAUUUCUAUCGGCCUAGCCUCACCUACUCCUUGGUGGCUCUCGCAGCGCUGCCGCCAACGGUGCUCACAUGGAUGUCGCUGCGGCUUCAGAGCUUCCAGCCCAGCUGGUACAGUUUCCUGGCAGUCACCACGCUCCUCGGUUGGCUUCUGGGCGUGGUUUUUGGGAAUUUGAACUAUGCGGCGACCACCGAUCCGUUUUCGCAGUAUGUCAACAUGGACGUCCUCCCCGAGGUGAGCCCUGCUCAAUGGGAUGGUGAAGCGGCCAUGUCAGUGGGUCGCGUGUACUUCGGCAAGGAAUCCACGCUGGAUGUCAGGAGAUCUAUGGCCUUUAAGAAUGUGGACACCUACUGCGUUGCUCCAGUAUCCGUUUUGCAAGGCGGCGUGGUUCUUCCGCUGGAAACCUAUGAUUUCUGGGCCAUUGGCAUGGACUGCUGCUCCGUGAAUGCGGCAGACUUCCAUUGUGGUGAAGUCGGGAACUCCAAGGCCCACAGCGGCCUAAGGCUACUAGACGACCACAAGCGCAGCUUCUACCGACUUGCCGUGGAGCAGGCAGAAGCAGCUUACAGCAUCAAGGCGCGACAUCCAGUCUUUUUUUACUGGGUGGAAGAUGCCACGGCAGAGAUGGACUCCUUCCGCAACGAUGGUUACAAGUACUUUCUGAUCGGCAUGCUGAGCCAUUUCCUCUACCAGUUGCUCUGCGUCAUCUUGGCCAUCGCUGCCUUCUCCAAGUGGGGAUGCGAAUGA